UAUGCCGUUGUCUAUAGUCGUAUGUGUCCACAGCAUUAUCAGACAUAACCCUUUACGAUAACGUAUAGUUGUUUUAUGACUGAAAUGCUAACCAUUUCGCCGCCAGUGAUUGUGAAUAACCAGUGAUCAGUGUAACCUGAUAGUGUAAUUAUCUUUUGCGUGAGUUUGUUUUCAGUUUAUCAACGAUUUUGUUACUCAAAAUCGGGAGUAAAACAAGUAUUUUAACGGAACUUUAGUCGUGCCGGAUUUUCCAUUGGAUUACACGGUAGCCGCAAUGUGGUGACAACUACGUGAUGAUGAGACUCGACGCGGCUGAUAAGCAGCACCGGUAUCACAACCUGCUGAAUGACGACCAUGCCAAUGAGAUGCUAGAAGGCGAGGGCGCCGGGCUGGCGGCGCGGGUGGGCGAGCUGGAGGUGCGAUGCGCGCGGCAGGCGGAGGAGCUGCUGUGCCUGCGCUCCACGCUCGCGGACGCGCUGCGCCGGCUCAACGCGCUCGAGGGCCGGCCGCCGUCCGCCGCGCCAGCCGCGCCAGCCGCGCCAGCCGCGCCAGCCGCGCCCCGCAACGGCUCGUAUGCUGGUUCGACCGGCACACCUUCGCGGGAGCUGCGAAUUCGGCAGCCCGCGUACCGGGAAACGGCUAAGAGAACAUCCAGCUACGGAUCCAGCGCCUCCUCAUUACCUCAAAGACGCGGUCCACAGCACCAAUCGACGGGUUCACUGCAAUCAGACUCGCCGGCGUCAUCAUCCUCCUUAUCACCAGCACCAUCACCGUCUCCGAGGGCCACCCCAGCACCGCUGCACACACCACACCCCCCACAAGCGUAUAGAUCGCGAAAUAACUCGACAUCGAGCAACCAAAGCGCGUCACCGGCUGUUAACAGCCUCACCAAAAGAUGGAGUUCCACCGGAGACUUCGGUGCACACGGUUUAAUAUCUAACAACAGAUUUACAACAGCAAAGUCGUUGCUUAAUUUAUACUCUAAGCCGUCACAGAAUGGAUCUAUAUUGAAACACGGCACUCACACAUGUCAAUAUAAUGAAGAGGACGGCUCGAUGCGUAUGUUCCUGCGGGGUCGGCCGGUCGUCCUCUACGGGUCUAGCGACCAGGAUGCCCUCGACCCAGCCAAAGUGGCGCCACCGCCGCAAAACAAGCUCAAGCUCGAGUGGGUCUAUGGAUACAGAGGUAAAGACUGCCGCAGCAACCUCUACCUCCUGCCGACCGGUGAGAUAGUAUACUUCGUGGCAGCGGUAGUGGUGCUGUUCAACGUGGAAGAACGGUGCCAACGGCAUUACACCGGGCACACGGACGACGUCAAGUGCAUCGCGGUGCAUCCCAACAAGUUAAUUAUAGCGAGCGGUCAGUGCGCGGGACACGACCGAUUGGACGCCAGGCCGCACGUGCGCGUGUGGAACUCGGUGUCGCUGGCGACGCUGGCGGUGCUGGGCGCGACGCAGCUGGAGCGCGCGGCGGCGUGCGUGGCGUUCUCGCGCGCGGACGGCGGCGCGCUGCUCGCCUGCGUCGACGACGCGCCCGACCACGCGCUCUCCGUCUGGGACUGGCAGCGCCCCGACAAGGGACACUGCCUCGCCGAGACCAAGUGCUCCGUGGACACGGUGGUGGCGGUUGAGUUCCACCCGCUGGACCGCAAUCAGAUCGUGACGUGCGGCAAGAACCACAUCGCGUUCUGGACGCUGGACAGCACCAACAUGCUGUACAAGAGAAUGGGCGUGUUCGAAGGUCGCGACAAGCCCAAAUACGUUACGUGUUUAGGAUUCAAUCACAAUGGCGACGUGGUGUCCGGCGACUCGAGCGGCAACAUCAGCGUGUGGGCGCGCGGCACCAACAGCGUGGCCAAGCUGCUGCGCGGCGUGCACGAGGGGCCGGUGUUCUCCGUCGCCGUGCUCAAGGAGGGCCACGUGCUCACGGCCGGCGGCAAGGACGGCCGCAUCGUCAUGUUCGACCCGGAGAUGAACCCCACCGGCCUCGAGAACACGAUCGAGGGCCAUUAUGGUGGAGUGCGUGUGGUGGCGGAGGGGCGAGGAAGUCAGAUCUUCAUCGGCACCACCAAGAACUGCAUCCUACACGGUGACCUGGAACUGGGUUUCUCGCCUGCCGUAUUAGGCCACGUGGACGAGUUAUGGGGACUAGCGGCCCACCCGACUCUGCCGCAGUUCGCGACGGCCGGCUGGGACCGCCUGCUGCAGCUCUGGGACGGACUCAGCCACUCCACCGUCUGGAGCAAGGACAUCGACGAGCGGGCGCAGUGCUGCGCGUGGUCGCGGGACGGCGGCGUGCUGGCGGUGGGCUGCCUGUCGGGCGCCUGGCUCGUGUUCGAGCCCGCCAGCCGCCAGCUGCUUGCCAGGCACCACGACGGAGCGGAACCGAUCCAAACGAUCCAGUACUCGCCGGACAACAGCCUGGUGGCGCUGGGCUCGCGGGACAACUUCAUCUACGUGUACCGCGUCGAAGACGACGGCGCGAGGUACACGCGCCUCGGGAAGUGCCUCGGUCACUCGAGUUAUAUAACGCACCUGGAUUGGUCUGAAGACAGUCAGUACAUAAGGAGCAAUUCUGGGGACUACGAACUAUUAUUUUGGAACGCAACGACCUGCCGCCAGGUGACGUCGGCGUCGUCGCUCCGAGAUGUAGUGUGGGCGAGCAACCACUGCCCCAUCACCUUCACCACCAUCGGCGUGUGGCCCGAGAACGCGGACGGCACUGAUAUCAACUCCUGCACCAAAUCGCACGACAGCCGCCUUGCGGCCACUGGCGAUGACUUUGGUAAAGUCAAAUUGUUCGCUUACCCAGUCACGCAACCAAAGUCGCUGUGCCACCAGUAUGGCGGCCACUCGUCGCACGUGACGUGCGUGAGGUUCCUGGCGGACGAUGCGCGGCUGGUGUCCGCCGGCGGGCUCGACACCGCCGUCAUGCAAUGGCUGCUCGACUAGAUCGCCGUUACCACCUCACCACCCUCCCCACAACCACUUCACCACCCUUUCCACAACCACCUAACUACCCUACCCCAUCCCAAUUAUUACCUCUAUCACAACCAUCCUCUUCACAUCCUGGACACUUCAUAUACUAAAGUCGUGAUUCAUAGUCGUGACUACUAUGUAAAGAACUAAUGUUUACCAAGUGCAGUGCGUUCUUUUAUUGAACGGUCGCAUUUGAGUCACGGAAAUAAAGGUGAUGUCAACUGAGGGAAAGGCCUUAAAGUGAAGAUAAUAUUUCUUUAUACUGUGCCGCUAAUCUGUACCGCAACAUUAGCAGAGGCAUAGAGCAUAAACGUCACAGGGAAAUCAACCCAUAAGUUUUAAUACACACUAAAAGAAUUCCCAAUUAUUACGAAUUACAUGCAAACGGCAUAUUGAUAUUAAUUCACAUACAAAUAUAGUGUAACAGUGAAAAUAAAUUUGUAUUAUUAUUAUUUGUGUCCAAGUACAGUAAGAGAAGUCCAAGUACAAGAAGCGAACUUUAUGUAAAGUACAGUAAAGAAGCGAACUUUAUGUACCGUACAUACAUUAAUCAUUGAUUAUAGAUCAAUAUACAAAAAAAAAAUGUCCUUCCAGACAAAAAAUUGGAAUUACGUAUUCUAUACAAAAAAAAAUCAGCAAUUGCCAUUAUAAAAUAUUGAUUUAGCCGGUUAUACGUAUAUAAAUAUUUUAUUAAUUCAUUAGAAUAAAAACAAAGUUUUAAAAACCCCAUUUUGUUUUAAAUAUCGAAAUAUUAUUAAGUUGUUAAACAAUUUGACAACACUAAUGCAAAAAGUACAUAUUUUUAAUGUAUUACCUUUUAAAAUACUUUCUAUUUAUUUAUAUAUUAAAAUAUGCAUAAUUUUUAUUUUUAUUUGUUAACUAACAAUAUUUCACUUCUCGGACCAAUCCGGCAACUGUUGCGAAAAAGGAAUCUUGCUACGUAACUAAUUGCCAUAGAUUUUUCUUCUGUUCGACUAAAUUUUAUCAUGUUUUUUUUUUUUAUUUUAGUUAAAAACACAUACUGGGUACUAGAUAAUAUUACGAAUACAGCUUUAGCGACUGAUAUUAGAGGUGAAAAAAUGUCAUGGAACAAUUUUAUACGACGCUUUAACCUAAAUAUAAAAUAAUAUACAUUUUACAAUAAUUACACAAUAAUUAAAAGCCUAAUAAACGCCUACAUUUACUGAAUAAAGUAUUUUCUAAUUUCCAUACGUCUUUUCGAUAUUAAAAUCGUGUUAUUGUAUAUGUAAAUAGAUACUGGAAUCGGAACAUUGAAUAAAUAACAAUAAUAAAAAAAAA